AAAGAUGCUAUAACAUUCGCUAGGAUGAUCGUCACGAAGCGCACUACUUUCAGUGACGAAGAAAGGGCAUUGGCACAAAAUAUUAAUUACAUGUCCAAUAAAUCCUAUAAUUUUAUGCGUGACGAUUUAGGUUUCGCUUUACCAAGCAAGAGCUCUCUUUUGCGAUGGCGCCCCAUAAAGUAUGUUGUCCUUGGGUUUGAUGCCAAUGUCUUGGGAAAUUUAGAAAAAAUUACAAAAAAAAUGUUCGUUUUAGAACGAAAUUGCGUUCUAUUAUUUGAUGAAUCAAUUAAGACCGACCUAACAUACAAUGGAGUUAGGGAUGUUAUUGACGGGUUUGUGGAUUAUGGGGAAGGCCAUCGUGAAAUGAAAUUAGGUAGUAAGUGUUGUUUUUUCAUGAUAAAAGGGUUGAGUUCCAAUUGGAAAUAUGUGUUUUCUUAUUAUAUUUCCAAAAAUGGACUUCCUACAUUCAAAUUAAAAGAAAUUUUGAAUAAGAACAUCACAGCACUAAAGUCAAUUGGUCUAAACGUAAAAGCUUUAGUCUGUGAUCAAGGGCCUUCUAAUAUUGCAGUUAUGAAUGCUUUAGCUAUUUCUGAAGAAAACCCUUUUUAUUUGCACGAAGAUUCCAAGAUAUAUUGUUUAUAUGACUAUUGCCAUCUUAUUAAGUCCGUCCGAAACACAUUUAUGAAAUAUGAUAUUUCAACCCCAGAUGGAAUAGCCAGCUUUAAAGUUAUAAAAAAAACUUUACUCGAUCGAUCAGGACAAUAAAUGUUUCAAGAUAUGUCCAAAACUCACAGAGGCCCACGUAUAUCCUAGUUGUUUUGAAAAAAUGUCCGUAAAACGUGCAACCCAAGUUCUGAGCAAUUCGGUUGCGGCUGGCAUAGAAAUGGCCGAUAGCCAAAAUUUAUUCGGCUCCGACGAAUAUAUAUUAAAAUGUGCAAAGCCUACGCAGCUAUUUGUUAAAAAAAUGAAUGAUCUGUUCGAUGAUCUAGACUGCAAGAGUUUUGUUUCAAAAAAUCCCUUAAAAUGUCCGCUAUUGAAAAACGACUCCGGGAAGGUCCAACGCCUCUUUGAUUACAUUAAGUAUUUGAAAUCAUUAAAACUUCCGAACAUGGCUUACAGUAGGUGUAUAGGUGGGUUCUGUUCCACAAUUGUUGGAAUGAUUCAGUUGAGCCAAGAAUUAUUCAGGGAACAAAAAGAAUUAAGUUUUAUAUUGCUUGGGAAACUGAAUCAAGACGCGUUGGAAAAUUUUUUUUAUAGGGUCCGGGCUAGCCAGGGUAUCAAUACCCAUCCGUCUGCCAAUGAGAUACAGUAUAUAGUAGCUCGUUUAAUUUCGAUGAAAAUUUUGAGGCAAAAUUUUCAAGAUAAGGGGGCUAAUUGUGAGGAUGAUGACGAUAUAAAUUUAGACUGGAACUUAGGCCCCGAAGAUCGUCAUCUCGAAGUAGAGGGAGUCGAACAUGAAACAGAGCAACUCGACCUGGAAUCGUUUAUUAUUCCAGACGAAAACUUUGUUGAAGAGGACGACACAGCUGACGUCCAGAUCAAGCGCUAUUACACAGGCUAUGGUAUUUACCAGAAAAUUUUGUGUAAAAUUCAUUGCAAAAAAUGCGCUAUGGCAAUGACAAAGACACAAAGUGAUUUAUCGCUUUAUUCGGAGGCCCUAAUCAAAGCGAAAAAUUAUAAGGAUGACGCGGAUUUAAGGCUAGUCAAUCCAAGUGAUAGGGUCUUCGAAGUGUGUCGACUGCAGAUGAUGUGGUACGUCAACCUUUUCAACAAAUAUGCUUAUUGUUCAAAUGUUCGUAGUCUGAUGUUGUCCGCAAUAAAAGAAAAAACGGAAAAUGUUUUUCCUGAGUGGUUUGACCCAACCGAUGAGUGUUUUACUCAUAAAAUUAAGUUGUUAGAAUACUUGGUAACGGUACUGUUAUUCAAAAACUCGAAAUGGUUAGUAAAAGAAGAAAUUAGUAAUGAACGACAUCGGAAGCGCGAUGCUAAACUAAAAAAACUUAAGUAAGUUGCAAGUCAAGACCGUUUGAUUUAAGAACAUCUUACUUUUGGGUUUUUUUAUUUUCAGCUUUUUCUUCUAUUUUCAGGUCUAUCUUGUUGUAUUUUCAGGUAUUUUUUCUUCUUAUUUUUCUCCUUUUUCAGCUUUGCAACUGAGCUUAACUUUUUUAAACACAAAUGUUGUUUCCAUCUUGUUUAAGUGCAACAUUUGUUUUAAAAAAAGCAAGUGAAAUUCAAUGACUUUUUUUAUAUAUUAAGUCGUGUGAGAAAUUUCCAUUUCAAAUGGAUAAUUUCGUAAUUCUGCAUUAUAAUUUUUUUAACAUUUUAAACUUGCUUAUACAUUUUAUAAAAAAUCUUUAAACUGUUAAUUUUAAAUAACAAUGAAUCAAUAAAAUUUGCAUAUAAGUAUAUUCUGAAAACAAUAACCUUGACUUUGAUUUAUUUAAACUUACAUACAUUGAUACAUGCAGAUAUCGCAUAUGGGCAAGUGCGAAAUCAACCCUUAUUCAUAUACAACGUGGCAUGCGUAAAUGGAAAAAAGCCAACAGAUCAUAUACUUAUGAAAGUGCACAUGCGUGUACAAAAACAUAUCUCCGUUGUCACGAAAAUCAAUGGCCGAAGCUCACGUUUUGUCGAAGAGUCAAUGUGUCGAACGACUGACGCGACGAAUAGGCGUCACAACAUUGUGUUAUUGUCCAAGCUGUGCCGAAAAAACAAACGAGCGAACGCCAACCGUCGCCGCUUCCCUUGCCCCUACAACAGCUUCGCCAACAAACUUGCGUAAAUAUGUAUGAAGAUGUAUGAGCUUGCAUACAUAUCGACGCAGAUUUUUGCGAGCCACGGAAAAAUAUUUUAGAUUUGGCAAAUAUUUUAAAUCGACGAGAA